CCGUGGAACAAAUAAUUUUAUUGAAAUAGAACGUAUCGGUACAUGUACGAGUACGGUACAAAAGCGAUUAACCCCGGAACGGGUAUUUAAGUAUAAGCCAGCAAGCCUGAGCUGAAUACUCCCUAACACUACUGUAAAAUCAGCCAUGCCGGUACCGGUAACCGUUGCAGCCCGGAACAUUCCAAGCACAAUCACAAAUAAAUCAACACAGAAGGCGAUUCGAUUCAGGAACAAAAGACCGUCAUCAGACUUCGCAACGAGCCGCAACUACAGCAACUCAUUGGCACUCUCCUCUUGGUACAACCUUCUUGACAAAGAGGGUAUAACAAUGAUCAUUCGGAUACGUGGCUUCAUCACUGUGGACUAAAGAAUAUCUGCUUAUUGUUGUGCAUAGUAGUACCGUACGGUAGCAGCAAGGGAGCAACAACGCACCCAUCGAACAGCACAAACAACAAAAAGAAAACAAGAAGCCUUCAUCCGCUGGGUGUCAUUUCGGGGUUCUUUUUCAGAACGACAUAACACAAAAACAAAGAAAGAGCUAGUCUACUAGAUUUCAACAUGAAGUACUUGGAAGAUGAAAAGCUGACCAAGCUCACGUCGGAGUUGACCGAUGCGACUUUGGGUCGAUCGCGCUCGAUUCAUGGUCGCAUUGAGGCCUACAUUAUGAAGCGUGCGGGGACUGACAAGAAGUACGCUCAUGCCCUGGGAAGAAGCUUUGUGGCAGAAAUGGAGAGUGUGGAAAACCAAUUGGCGGACUACAAGGUCUUUAUGGAGAGACACAUCAAGGCCGACAAUAACAAGAAGGAAGCGACCAAGUCUCGUGGAAAGGGACGGAAACGAAGCGUGUCGGUGGGGUCUUCCGUCGAAGCUCGUCCCAAGAAGCAGCAGCGGCGUCGACGUUCCAGUAGUUACGACGACACCAUGAACAAGAUUGCUUCGGCGGCACCAGCGUCCACGGUGACAACAACGACGACAACCACCACCACAACGGCUCCAAAGCCUCUCGGCGAUUUUGGAGAAAUUGGAACCAGACGUCUCAUGACGGACUUGAUCUUGACACUCAAUGCUAGUUUCCCGGACUACGACUUUGCUAGCAUUCGUCCCAGUGACUUUGAAAAGAUCCAGGUGAACACUGCCAUCAAACGGAUCAACGAACGCUUGUCGGAACUGGCAGCGGAAAAGGGAGCCUUCCUCCAGGACAUGUGGGCAUCCAUGGACGACGUGGUGGGACUCUCCGACUGUGAUGUCUACUCGUAUGCGCCCAAGGCAAGGGACGAAGACGACGACCCUCUCAGUUUCUUGACGCAAACUUUGAUUGAAGAUGCGGUCGUUGUGGACCCUGACGAUGGUCUCAAUGACCUUCACCACGACAACAACUCGGCUCCUUCCAGUUCUUCUAGCACUGUGCUCUGGAGUUUCAAUUUCUUCUUUGUCAACAAGUCACAAAAGCGAAUCGUAUUCUUCACAUGUGUGGAGCGAAUGCGAAAUGAAGGAUCGUUGCUUCAGCAGGAAGACCUUCUUGAUGAUGAGGUCGAUUAUGUGAGAUUCCAUGGUACCGAAGCUUCUGAUGUGGAUUUUGACAUGGAUCCAUCGGCUCACAUUGCUGGUGGAAUUCCCAUUCCCAUCAUGUGAGCAUCCACAACGUCUAGGCUCGAUCGAGUACGGUACGGCUGUACUAUCUAUCUACCGUAUGCAUGGAUGGAUUACGUUUGAUUUGAAUUUGAGUUGCAUGUAUUGCAAGAGGGAGCUGUGGGGCGGGCGGGACCUGAUGAGAUGCCACGGUAGUGUUGCAUGUCGAAUGUGCCAACAGAUCAAGAAACGGGGAGAACCAACAAUAGCGGCAACGACUGCACACGAGCACACUACUCUGCAAUUUUCUAUAGAAAUCGAUUUUUACUUUUUGUC